CCAGCCAAUAUCCAGGCUUUUCACAAAUCUUACUUUCUUCCAUUCAAUUUCUCUCAGUUUCCUAAGUUAGCACCAUGAUCAGUUCUAAGAAACUCAUCAAGUUGGCGAAAAGAUGGCAGAAAUUUGCUGUCAUCCGAAGAAAGCAGAUUUCCUUUCCAAGACUAAAUGAUGAUGCAGAUACCUGCAGUACUUCCACUCCGGUUAACAGGGAUCAUUUUGUUGUCUACACAGCUGAUCAGAAGCGGUUUGUUGUGCCUCUAUCUUAUCUCGAGAAUGAGAUUAUUAGGCAACUCUUGAGCAUGUCAGAGGAAGAAUUUGGACUUCCAAGCAAUGGGCCUAUUACACUACCAUGUGAUGCAGCCUUCAUGGACUACAUCAUUUCACUUCUUAGCCGAGGCUUAUCCAGAGAACUCGAGAAUGCAUUGCUAAUCUCAGUUAUUUCAUCUCGGUGUUCAUCAGCUUCACUGCACCAAGAAGCGUGGAGAAAUCUGGAAUUGCCAGUUUGCUGAUAUUAAUGCCAAUAAUUUCUGUAUAUUAGGAAUUCAACUUAUAGCUUUGAAAUUUCAACAAGUUCCAG